UCUCUGACAUCGAUUCACCGGCCUGUUGCUGGACAGGCUCCUACCCUCGCCCGCCUAGUAGCUGCCAUCAGUACCACCUCUCAUCUUCCACUGGAGGUCUUUGGACAAAAACAACUUUAGUUUUGCAAACAGAGCGGGGAUUUUAUAAAGCUAUGUCUGAGGAGGUCGAAGGAACGAGAACUUCUGAAGAUCAGCAGGAAAUGGAGGACAAAGUAAUCAGUCCAGAGAAAGCAGAGGAAGCCAAGCUAAAGGCGAGGUAUCCUAACCUUGGAGCCAAGCCUGGAGGCUCAGACCUCCUCAGAAAAAGACUUCAGAAAGGGCAAAAAUAUUUUGACUCUGGUGACUACAACAUGGCCAAGGCAAAAAUGAAAAAUAAACAGUUGCCAUCAGCGCCCACAGAGAAGACUGAGAUCACAGGAGGGCAUAUCCCAACACCUCAGGACCUGCCUCAAAGAAAAACUUCUAUUGUGGCCAGCAAACUGGCUGGUUGAUGAUUUUGUGUUUACGGUUUUCCUACCAUUCCACCUUCCACUUCACAUUCACCUGCUGUUUUAGUUUUUGUUUCUAAUUCACUUUUGUAUGAUUUCUCUAAGAACAAGUUAUGUAUUAAGCCAGAUUCCUGAGAAGUAAUUGCAACUUUCAGGCACCGAGCUGCCACUGAGUACAGUCCAACAAAGAACAUGCUGCAAACAUUUCUCAGGAUCUAAAAUAAGUCAAAAUACUGAUAACUUCCUGACCAGUAUAAUACAGUUGUUAAGAUUAUGCCCUUUUGUGCAUUCCUAUUUUCACAGAAGACUUUGACCUUUAAGAAUAAAUGCCUCUAUGUAAAUUGAGGGGGGGGGCUGACCAAUUACCAAAUUACUUAACAGAGGCAGGAAAUACUCAUUAUGAAUGACCAUAGUCAAAGAAAUUAUGACCACAGUUUGCAUUGAUGUGUGUGAAGUAGAAGUGUAAUUUAAAAAUAUGCCAGUUCAGUUAGACACUGUUUCGAGUAUUCAUCUGCUCAAAUGGAGGCAUGUCUGUUUAAAAAGUGAAGUAAUCCUACAUUGCUUUUGGUUUUCUGUCCUACAGUGUUUGUGUCCAUUCCUCUCUUUGUGGAGUUGUUUGAUUCCGAAGGUUAGAUCACAAACACUUUGUAGCACAUUGUAUUUUUAUUCAUUUUAGUGACACUGAUUUGCAAAGACUUGCUGCUGGUCUCCAUUUCACCCAGACUUCUUAAAAUGGCCUUAAAAGUAAUGAACCAUUGUUCCUCUUGAGCAAUAUUUGCUCCCUCAGUAAGAAUCUUGGUUGUGAAUUUUGCCUGGAAAUGUCUGUCACUGUCUGACCGGAAAAAGAUUUUAUGAAAAGAAACUCCCUUGACAUGUCUUGGGUGUGCAUGUGCAUUUACUGUGCAGUCACACUGUGCCAUUUGUUUUGUAAAUAAAAUAGUUUUGCAUAAUA